AUGGGGACCAAAGGUAUGAUAGAUCUAUAUGCUUCGACUGAGACUCAAAGGGUAGUUGUUAGUGGAUUUUCUAUAAUAUACUCUGCAUUUGUUGCUAGGAAGGAGGAGAGCAUGUCAAUCCAUCCAACCUUCAACGUGUCUGUAAUCUUUGGCAAACGUGAUGAGCAAAUGCUUGUCGCUUGUGCUAGACAACUAAUUGAACAUAUAAGUACAUCAGGCUCCACCAAGCCGUUGGUGCUCUCACUUGGUCUACAAGACCAUUCAUCGGAAACAUUGAGAGGGGUUGUCUCUGCUGUAACUGCAAAUCGUGUGUGGUGA